CGCAAUUCGCAAAACGUAAACAAAGGCCAUGGAGGAAAAACAAUCCAAGCCGGAAAAUCCGGAGCAAAAAAGCGAAGUCAAAACUUCUAGCCUUCCCAGGCAAGUCAAGCUGAAGGCCCAAAGGCAGCUAAACAAGAUGGGCUACUCGCAGCAAGUCCUGUUGGAGGCAUCCAAAUACAAUAAUCAGGACUAUACAACCGGUGUUUUCCAAUACAUGUCCACCACAAUCGACAGGGGCAUGGAAAUGGUGAAAAAUUGCGACUCUGUCAGUCUGAACAACAUCUCCCAGUGGCUGGAACUGAUGAAGAGUGCCCAACUAUCUGAUCUCUGCGAAUUCGAGGCAGCUGCAGCCGUGAGUUCCAUCAUUCAGAAUGAGAGAAAACCAGAUCCAAAAGAUCUUGAUGGCAUCGACUUAAAUGAAGCCUAUAAAUUUGUGGAAAAUGCACUGAUGGGUCAGCCUCAAAAGAAUCUGAGUGAUGUCACCAAGGAAUUUCUGUCCAGAGAGAUUGAGCUCCUUAUACAAGAGGCCAAUACCGAGGAAUCAGAUGAUAUGGCCCGCAGCAUGGGACAGUGCCUAUAUAACCAUCAGAUGUUGGACUAUAUGGAUCAGCCCCACAAAUGCAGCCUGGACCCACUUUUCCUGGACGAAAAUCUAACGUAGAGGAUAGACAGUAAUUAUAAUUAGGCCAUUUAUUCAUUUCCACACAUUUAUUAAACAUUUAAAUUCAAUUGGUUUUUAUAUACGUACAUUGUCACAUGCAUUUGCACUUUCCCAUCUUCAACCAACCAUCGAUCCCACGUUUAUACAUUAGUAUUACUAUGCCGAAUGCCCCAUCCUUUGUACGUAUUUAUAUUCGAUAAUUACACUCAUAAUUUAGUACUUGACUAUAAACAGUUUUAGCACAUUUAAAAUCUAGAAUUCCUUUAGUUGUACACAUUUACUUCAAGUAGUGUAAGUACGAGUAUAAGAAAAAGUUUUGGGGUCUUUGGCCUUGGAUUCUCUCAAUUGCAUAACAUUUAUUGUGCAUGAUUGUUUUCAAGUUCUGGUUGCCAAUUUGCAUUGCAUAGACUAGAGUAGAGAUAGGUAGUUUAGUUUUGGUUUUGCUUUGAUUAGCUUUGUUUUAAACUUUAAGAGGCAUAAAAACAGUUGAGUGCUGCUUGACUCCCACAGCAUCACAAUAGAAUCACAAGAGACAGAGUUGGCUUCUUUUCAAUUUCGUUACAGGUUCUAGGACGUCACACUUACGAUAACAUAACAUACAUACGAUCAGAGUUACAUACAAAUUCGAAUACAAAUAUAAUACCCUUUAAUAUUAACCGUAGUUACUCUUAUUAAAACGAUCUUCACACAAUCAAAUGCAAUUCAAUAAUGUACAUAAUAUAAUUCUUAAUGUUCAGUCCAGUUUGAGCUUUUGGUUUUCCCCAUUUUUUUUGGUAUGUUUAGUUGUGUGUCUUCACGUAAACAUUAAUUAAAAUUAAGUAAAUCUAAUUAUGUAUACGUACGAUUAAACGCUAGUAAACCAUA